AUGGAACAGUAUAUAAUAAGUUUAUUUAUUUCUAACCUCAUGUAAUUUAUAAAAAUUUUAUGUAUGUAACAAAAUAAAUAAAUUUCAAAUGUAUAGAUAUAAAAUCAAGUAUUAAAAUUUAGUAUUAUCGUAAUGAGUUACAUAUUUUCAUAAUUAUUAAAUGCUCGUUUAGAUAAAUUAUUGUUUCUUUUUUUUUGCAUAACUGAUUUUUCUUCUCUUUAUAGAAAUUACCUAGAAAUUACAUAAAGAAUAUAUAUCUUUAUAAAUUACUAUUUUUAUUUUCAAAAUUAUGGUAAUAGAAUUCAAAUGAAUUAAGAGCAAAAAAUUAAUAUAAAAUUAGUAUAGUUGCUAUAUCUAAAGCAAUUAAAAAUAAGAGUUUCCCUAUUUUAAAUAACAUCCUUAGUAUUAUUCUAAAAUAGUUGUAAGUAAUUAAUAAAUUGAGUAUGAAAGAAACAAAAUCUAAAUACUAAACACUAUUUAAAUACUUUCGCUAUUUAAUAGGUUAUUUAAACGUUACUUAAACAAAAAGUUUAUAAAAAUCAAAUAGACAGCAGUAAAAGUAAACAUUACAUAUUUAUUGACUGACAUACAAUUUAGCUAGUGAAAAUAUUAUGACAAAUAUUUUAAACAAUAAAAAUAAAUACAUUGUUUAUUUUGAACAUACAUAGAUAUAUGUAUAUAAUAAUAUAUAUAUAUUUUUGCUUAUUAAUAUAUAUUUUGUUUCUUUCUUAGAAGAAUUUAGAGAUAAUAAUAUAUUUGAAAUAUAUUAUCUAUGCAUACAUACAUAAAUAUUAGCACUUUGUUGCUUCGCAUUUAGAACUCUAUGUUUCACUUAUUUCAUGUUCUUGAAGGACUAUAUACAUAUGUUACAAUUUAGAGUCAUCAAUAAAAGAGGAAUCAAUUUUUUUCCCCAUUGAAUUAACAAGUAAAUAGUAAUUUUUAAUUAAUUCAAGAAGUUUUUAUAUUUUAUUCUUUUUAAAAAAAGAUUAUUCUUUUGUUCAAAAAAUAAUGACACUGUUUCAAAUCAAGUGACGCAUAUUUUAAGUUAAUUACAGUCAUCUUAAGAAAAAGAAGAAAUGAUAUCCAUUACAAUCUUCCAAAACAUUCUUAAAAUUUUAAUUUUAAACGUGUAUAUUAACUUUUAUGAUUUUGUGUAAUUAAAUUUUUAAGAUAUAAAUUGUAAUAAAAUAUUUCAACAUAAUAAAUUAAUAAAUUAAUAAAAUAAAUUUACUUGUUUUAAUAACAGAGCACAUAUAGCUUUUUAUAGAUUUAAGCUGCCUGUACAUUCAAUAUACAAAUGAUAAUAUUUACGACAUUUAAAAUAUAUCUAAAAUAUUUAAGAUAUUACUACUUAUAGUUAUAAAUAUUAAUUCAUUUUUAUAAUUUUUUAAAUAUUUUUUUUCUUUCUUCUUCCUUUUUGCAUAUAUUUUUGUAAAUAUAUUUAAAAAUGUAGUACCAUUACAAUAUGUUUUGUUUUUAUUUGUGUGCAAACACAUAUAUAUACACAUAAACACACAUGUGUAGAUGUGGUUUUUAUUGACAUUAACUGAAUCAGAAAAGCGCCAUCUCUUAGUGAAUUAAACCUAUAGGUAUACUAUUUAUGUGUUUUGCAACUGAUUGCAAUGUAGCCAGUGUAUUUAGGUUAGAUAUUUCUUUUUUUGGAGUUAAUAUCGCUUACAAUGAGAAACUAAUGCUAAUUAGUCAUAUAAAAUGUUACCAAAUUACUAAUUAAAAAUAUAAUAUUUAAUUAUCAGUGAAAAUGUUUAAUUAUCAGGGAAGAUAAAUUAAAGGUAAACUGCAAAUAUUUUAACUUAAAUUAUUUAACAAAAAUUUAUAUGUUUAAUGGUAUCAUAUACUAAUUGUUAUCAUAUGCAUCAUCAUUCAUUAUAUAUUUUAUAUGUUAUUUUUUUUGUUACUUGAUACAAUGUGUUAUAAAUAUCAGAUAUGAUGAGAGUUUAUUAUAUUUUAGAACAAAAAUUGUAAGCUUCAAAAUGGUUUGUGAAAAGUGUGAAAAAAAAUUAGGAAAAGUCAUAACUCCAGAUCCUUGGAAAAAUGGCGCAAGGAAUACAGUAGAAAGUGGAGGACGUAAAGUUGGAGAAAAUAAAGCACUUUCUGCAGGAAAGGCAAGAUUUAAUCCUUAUACUGCUACUUUUGAGACUUGCAGAAUAUGUAGACAGAAAGUACAUCAAGUUGGAUCACACUAUUGUCAAUCGUGUGCAUAUAAAAAGGCUAUAUGUGCAAUGUGUGGCAAGAAAUUAAUGAGUACAAAGAACUAUAAACAGUCUGCUACAUAAAAUCUGCUACGUUUAUUGGUAAAUUUAUAUUAUGAUCAUAAGACAAUAUUUCUUAUAAUACUUUAACAAAAUAAAUUAGUUAAGCUUCCUUUAAAAUAUAGAAAAUAACUUAAUACUUAAGAAACAAUUUAAAGUAUUACUUUGUAUUUAAAAAGAAUAAGAAUAGAUGAGACAAAGAUAUGUUGAUUUCAUUUUAUUUUUAAUUAUAAAGAUUUUGUAAACAUAGAAAAAAGAAAAAUAUUUGAACGUAUAAAGUAUGUUAGUCAAGCAGAUAAUUUCACUUCUUCAUUUAUAAAUAUUAAUAAUAUUGGUGAUCAUUCUGAAAAUACAUUAUCAAAUAAUUUUAAUCAAAAAAGUUGAAAGAAUGAAGAAUAAAAUUAAUGUUUAUUGAAUUAACAUGCAACAUAUUUAUUUUAAGACAUAAUUAAAACAAAAAUUGA